AUGCGAAUACUGCGACUCUCAGGCCGAAACUUUUCCCAGACGAUACUUCGUCCCGCACAAAACUCCCAUAUUCAAUGGAAGCUCGAAAACUUCGUUGAGACUGGAGAAAUCAAGAGAUACUCUGAUGAUCAGAUCAAGAGACGGAACCUACGCAAAACAGAAGUGGCAAAAAAGGCUGCGCGAGAAAACGGAAUUGGUGUCCAUAAAGCGCUUCUUCUUUUGCGUCUGAAGUAUGACGCAGUGCCUCUUCAGACGAAGGAUGGAGAACAAAUCCAGGUUGGGAAGUUGAAGCCCAACGAUAUUGGCAUGUACAAACAGACCUCGAAGCAGCUCUUCGAGGCGUUGUCAGGAGUCAAAGAAGUCACUCGCAAACGUAUCGACGAUCGUAUAUUGAUGGUCUUGAUGGGUGUCCUGCCUACCUCUAUCAAGGAUCUGUAUUUUGUAACUCAGGACGUCAUUAAGCUUCUACAGUUCGACAACGCUCCCGAUAGAGCCAUGGAGUUGUGCCGCAUGGCAGGCGAAAAUGGUGCCGUAGGUAUGAAUGCCAUUUUGCAGUGGAGUUUGGAGAAGAAAGAUAUCAAGCUUGCCAACAAAAUCAUGAGCACACGCUCCAAAUGGCGUAUACCAACCACUCCUUAUUCGCAUGUCAUCUAUUUCAGCGGUUUGGCUGAUCUGUAUCAGGCUGGGCUGGUUCCCAAGGAUGUGGCAGAGAAGGUCUUUGAGUCCGUGUCUUCAGAGAAGAUGCCUAAAAGGACAGACAUUUUCAAUGCCGCGCUCAAGCUAUUAGUGAAGUGCUACGAUGAAAACCAGAAGUAUGCAUGGAGUUUCUUUGACCGCUAUUUGCAGGUUGGCGUUAAGCCAGAUACACACACAUUUACAAUCUUCCUUAAUGGUACGAAAAAGUUAUAUGUCGAUCGUGCCAACGAAAUCCAAGCUGAUCGUAAGCUCACCUCAAAAGCGCGUGUGAUUAAGUUAUACGAAAUACAGGCUCAGAUGGUGCAGAUUGCCGAGACGGUUCUUUUGAAACUUGUCGAAGCAGCCCUUCCGCCUGUUCCUCCUAAAAAAGAGGACGUACAGCUCAACCCAGAAUUAUUGAAAAAGUACCGCACUGCUUCUUACUUCCACAAAGUGGAAAUUGACCGUGUGUUCUUGUCAACUCUUGUCUCAUGUUUCACUAAUAAUGCAUUUGGCACAGGUGCCUCGGGUAAAAAGGGUCCAAACUACACAUACUUGCAAAGAGCUUUGUUCUAUCUUCAAGCUUGGGUACCCGAGACUCGUGAUCUAACACUGUACGUCCUCACAGGGAAAGUUGAAGAAGACACAGUAGAAACUCCUAACUUGCACUCUAUUCCGCCUCAACGUGAAGUCGAGUCCAAAACUCUUGAGCGCAUGAUGGCACCACCUGUUCCAAAGGAAUUACAGCCAGGCUCAGUGUUGCAGGAAUUGGCUUACGAGGACUUGAAUCCCCAAGUAGUAUUUCCUCCAUGGCCAUUCUCGAAGAAUAAAACCGCUGCAACGUACUCGAAUAAGACCAAGCCCCUUGUUGACUUCACCAGAGUUCCAUUGGAAGUUAUUAGGAAAGAGCAACAGCGCCGAUUGUAUGUGAAGACACAAGGCAAGGAAGGAGUAAAACAUCCUCCACAAAACAUCUCGAAAGACAAAUAUCACAUCAACAAGUUUUUGCUCAGACAUUUUCUCGAGAGUUUGAUCAAAAUGGGUCGCUUCAACGAAUUUCAUUUGGCGGUAUGGUACGCCUUGAAUAAGUGGGGAGGCGUUCCAAUUGAUCUAGCUCUGGUCCAUAAAAAUGGCUUCGAACACUAUCCUUAUGCUGAGAAGCACAUUUUGGCCCCUCAAUCAGGAACAGCAGUGAGAUUUGUAAAGAACAACCAGGGCUGCCCUGACACCAGUGAACAGGCAUCUUCUGACCUAAUCGAUGUGGUAUUGUUAGAGGACUUCAUCUACAAAAUUGAAGAUAAUUUCCCCAAAGCCUCUAGUCCCACAAGAUUUGCCCUCGAGCUCUUUGCAGCUGCAUGCUAUGGAUCAUCCAGUGCUAUUGAUGUUAGAGAAAAGACCUUUAACUCAAUCUUCUCCAUUUUGAAUAGAGAGAUUUACUCCUACAAUGACCUUAACCGCGCCACAUCACUUGCAUCCAACGUUCAGCGCAAUGUUUCUGACAACACCCCGAAGAAGUCACUUUCGGUCAAACAGCUCAAGGACCUUUCUGAAAAUGUUGCUGUUCUCAUAAAGUGUAUUGUUGCAUGGAUAGGCAUGAAGAGACCUGCUGCUGAGAUUAUCAAAUCAUUGGAUAAUCUCAUGAAUCGUAUUUACGACGUGACAUGGUUGGACGCUCCAGAGACACACCCUAAUUGCUACAAAGUGCACGAACAAAUGGUUUUCGCAGCCAUUCCAUUGUAUAUACCGAAAAAGCUUGUCAAGCCGGAUAAUACCGAUUUACACGUGAAGGCGGUGACCAAAUCGGUGGAUUACGUUUACGAUCAACUCAAACGUAAAGCAGAGCUCAACACCAAGGAAAAGAAACUUUUCGUCUACUUGCAGGACAUUUUCAAGCUAGAUGGCGAUAAAGCGGGCGUUGAGGAGAAAUUGAGGGCCUUGCAAUGGAAAAUCUACCGUUUGGGAGAGGGCAGGGAUACCACUGCCGAGAACGUACUUACUGAAGAGGCAAAACUAGUCAAAAAUGCGCAGAAAAAGCCAGAUGCCGUCACUGAUGCCACGAAAGACAAAGAGUCUCCCAUCAUGAGUGGAUCUACUUCCACAUCUGACUAA